AUGGACGACAUAGAAUCCGCACCUGCCAGAAUCUCUUUUCUUGGUUUCCUAGCCGUUAUAGCUGUGAUCUGGUACUUAUUUCUAUGGGUAUUGAGUAUUAUUGGCUGUAUAACAGGGCGGAAGCAUUUCCGUCUUCGUCCUCGCUCACCGUUAUCUUCUGCACCCGCCGCGAACGUGCCAGGCGUGUCAAUUUUAAGGCCAUUAAAAGGUCUUGAGACGAACUUAUUCGAAAACCUUGAGAGCACGUUCACGCAAGAAUACCCGCGCUCGCGGUUUGAAGUCCUGCUGAGCGUUGCAGACGCAGAUGAUCAAGCACUUAGCGUUGUGCGUAGUUUGCUUGAGAAGUAUCCUGAUGUUGAUGCUCGCGUUAUCAUUGGUGAGGAGGUCGUCGGUGUGAAUCCGAAGGUGAACAACCUCAUGCGACCCUACAAAGAAGCAAAGCACGACAUCCUAUGGGUGCUCGACUCAAAUAUCCAAGUCGCACCAGGAACACUUGCGCGUUCAGUCGAUGCACUCGUGCAACCUCCGAAAUCUGGUAAACGACGUAUCGGCCUCGUGCAUCACGUACCAUUCGCAUUUGCAUCUGAACACUUGCUCGGCUCUCGCGUAGAGGAGGCUUUCCUUAACACUAAUCACGCGAAGAUGUACCUUGCGAUUAAUCGCGUCGCUGUUGAUUCGUGUGUGAUUGGGAAGUCGUGCAUGUACAGACGUUCAGAUGUUGAGCGUCUUACUGCGGAACUUAAGCCUCAGCCUUCUCCAGAGACAACUGCAGAAUCAACUCCUCAGGACGAUGGGAAAGCCAAAGGGUUAGCAGCGUUCGGACGUUUUCUUGCAGAGGACAACAUGAUCGGCUCCGCACUCUGGCACGAACUCGGUCUACGUCACGCGCUAGGCUGCGACGUAGCCCGCAACUCCGUCGGUCGCAUGCCACUACAAUCAUACAUCUCGCGACGUGUUCGUUGGAUCCGUGUACGCAAACGCAUGGUAACAGCCGCAACGCUCGUCGAACCCUUCACAGAAUGUAUCGUCCUCAGUUUACUCGCUACAUGGGCUGCACAUCAUCUUUGGAAAGUCCCACGUGUGGUUGUUCUCUUAUUGCAUUAUUGCGCGUGGAUCGCAUUGGACCUUGAUGUGUAUGACAGCCUUGCGGGACAUUACCUUCCUGUCGAGAAACGCUGGGGUUUCCUCCUCGCUUGGGCUGUGCGCGAGCUCUUGGCGGCCCCGAUUUGGGUUCUUGGCAUGGCUGGGAACGAAGUCGACUGGAGAGGGAGGAAGUAUCGGAUACUGCGAAAUGGUGAGACGGAGCGUGCGCCAUCGAGAAGAAGCUGGCUAUCUUCGUUAUUCGAAGGAAGGAAAAAGGACGGCUAUGAACAACUCGAUCAGGAAGCCGUUCCUCUAGAACAGCAAGCAUGA